AUGGAGAGCGUCGCGACGAAGCAGCGCGAGCGCAAAAGUGGCGAGAGUGGCGGCAACAGCAAGCAGCAGCAACAACCUGAACAGCUACAGGUCGUCAGCAACGACCUCCCUGUCAAGCCAAAUGGAUCCGUAGACCAUGACCAUGCGGGCGUCAGUCAGCACCAGCGUGGUCAUUCCCUUCACGUCAACUGGACACUUGAAGACGUUGCGCGUUUGGCCCGAGAGCUAUACAACAAAACUAUCGCAGACGUUCACCUGUCCCUCUUUGGCUACUGGAUCCAAGAGAGCGAAGAGCAUUACGAUGUUGCGAAGCAGCACAUUCGGGAGUUGAAUCUGGACCAGGGUUAUAAUGUUGAGAGGAUCGAAAACGUCCACUUGCGCAAGCUUCUGAAAGAUGUACAGCAUGUCCGCCCAAAGUGCGUAUCCGGGUUACCUCCAGUCGAUCGCGUGCUUGACAGCCGUCAGAGCAAACGUUCUCGUCUUUUAGCACCCGUUGCAGCCAACAACGCACUCUCUUUAAGAGGGGUAUCGGGUCUUGUCAGACCAAGGACUAACAAAGUGUCUUUUAGGGAACCCCUUCACGCCGCUGCCGUCAAGAUCCAAACACUCGUAACCACUCCGUGGCGUGGUCCUGCCAUCAAGAGUCGGUCAACUUCUUCGCCGGUCACCGCCAAAAUUGAGGCUCUACCUCCAUCUUUUCGAGCCGAGAGGGAGCGUGCUAUGAGGGAGGCCGCAAGAUCCACCUCACUGAGCUCGGUGUCUCCUACGAACAAGGGCUAUCCACCUGACACACCUGAUCGACCGGCCCCUCUUAGCCUCGGGUCCCGUAGUUCGAGGGAAAGCAGCGCCACGCCGACCACGACAAAUCUUUCGCGUUCCUUCUCGUCCCCUGCUCGCAACAUUCACUCUAAAACCUUGAUCCCGUUGCCAUUGGCUCAAAACACUGCCAUCAAUCAAACAACCUCAUUGUAUCCUCUUCUUGCUAACUCUGCUAGGAGUCCUCGCCAAACCGACCGCGAGGCUGGUACGGAUGACGUCUUCGGUAUUGUGGAUGGGGGAGUUCUUCGUCAAGGCGACAGGUCGGACGACAUGCAGGCUGUACGGCGGGAAAAUAGUCGCAAUGGAAGCAGGAGAUAUGCAUCUAGGCAGCCGUACAAUCAGCAUAUACCAGGCCCCUAUGAGCUCGAUGCUCUUGAGAAUACGUCCACCGCGAGCCAUGAAGCAGAUGAGACUCAAAGGAUGAAUCGAGAUGCUUCUAUCGGAGUCAGUUCCGAAGGUGAAGAGGAUCACAUUCUUCAAGAUGGAACGUCCGACGGGGUCUGGCCUGAUUCUGGUUUAGAUGACAAGAUCUCACUCCUAGAGACAGCGUCAACUGUAAGCGACACCGACAGCCCGAACCGAUACUCAUAUACUCUAUCGGCUCCGCCUCCAGAUACAGUUAUUGCAGAAUCAGCACCAACGCCUUCCUCGCCUCGUACUGCUGUGCAGAGUCAACACAAAAUCAAACACCCACUACUCAGCUAUGAGAGCGAAGCGCAUAUACAUCCUGCGUCCGGUGUCCAAAGUGGCUCACACGACAAUCGAGGUAAUCCAACUCAUACGAAGCCCAUGCGUUGCAGUCGUCCUAGGCCUUCGACGGUUGAUCCUCUGCCAUUCGGUCAAGCAAUUCCACUGCCUCCUAGACCUGGUUUGAUUACUGCGCAGGUUAAUUAUCGGCCUUCGCGACCUGUUACAAAGGCAACGUCUGGUAGCUGUCUUUCUACCCACAUCGAGCCUUUCGGGAAGGCGCAAGUCCGCAAAGACGUAACGGAACCGCAUGCGAACAGCACGUCACAAGAUAUAUCCAUGGCCUCUAUGCUUGCUGCCUUCCCCAUCCCGCCAAUGGAGAGUCCAGUCGGCGAGCUACCAAUGACCAUCUCUCGCGCAACAGCCUAUUCAGAACUUGCGACUGGGUCAACGUCCGUAGCCGAAACCUACCGCUCCACCACUAAGGCUCAAAUUACCGAACUACUCCACCGAACCCGUCGUCAAGGAGCCCAACUCCCCGUCCUGGACUGGAACGAUCUAUCUACUUUCGAGCAAGCAUGGCGAGAGGUGAAUGAGCAGCUUUUGGUGUCGAUCUAUGGAAGGAAGGAUACGGUACUCACGAGUCAAGAUGUGCAGUAUGUUGAUUGCAUUUCCCGAGAGCUUCGUGGUGGUACGUACUCGCAUACUUGGGUGCGAGAUCUGUUUCAGGCUGGAAUUUAA